AUGAGUUACGGAUCGCAUCACAAAAAGUCCCGGCGGUCUCAUGUCGAACAGCCAAGGGCAGCAAUCGUCAUAGUUCCAGACGCCUGGUGUCUUCCUGGCCACUACGAAGGUCUCGCAGAAGCCUGCCGAACGCUAGGCUCCGAGGCUGUUGUCGUUCAACACCCGUCUACCUGGGGCCCCUCAGGUGAGGGGGUGACGCCGAGUCUUUACGACGAUGCGGCGAACGCGCGACAGACCAUUGAGGGUCUAGUCCGCGGUGGGAAGAAAGUUCUUGUCGUGGCGCACUCAUACGGCGCCGUCGUGGCAUCUGAAAGCGUCAGAGGUUUGGGAAUGGAAGAACGAGUGGGCGUCUCGCGGGGAGGGGUUGUGAGGAUGCUCUUCAUUGCGGGCAUCGUGCCGUGGGAAGGGGAGAGCGUCAACGAGGCGACUAGGGGCUCGUUGGGGAUUGGUCCUCCGGACGGUGUCAUGGGUGGCUUCAUGUAUCACAGCUACGAGAAGAUGGCGGCGUCGUUUUACUCGAGUCUGCCGUUCGACCAGGGCAUUGCACAUGCCACAACAACAAACGCCAUGCAGUCGGCCCGCACAUUUCAGGACCGACUGACAUACGCCGGUUACAGAGGUAUUCCAGUCACGUAUAUGCUGACCGGAGCGGACCGGGUGGUGUCGCCGGCGCUGCAGGAGCAGUUCGUCGGCGUUGUGGAGGCCGAGGCCGGGCGGGCGGUAGACGUUGUCCGGUAUCCGGUUGAUCACUGCCCGGCGGUGACGAUGCCGGAUGCGGUUAUCGAUUGCGUGAGGAGAGCGGCUGGAGCGGAGGGGUAUCCGAAUUGUACAUGGCUUUAA